CAUUCACUUUGCCUUCGCUUUAGCCUUUGUGCUGUAACUUGCAAGGAACGUCGGAGGAGUACUCGUCGCUUGCGCGCGCGGCGGCGGCGGCGGCGGCGGCGGUGACGCGGGAGAUCGAUGGCAUCCAGGUGUUUCUUCCCCAGGGAGGCCGAGGCCGGCGGGCGGCACAACCACCAGUCCAAGGCGGCGGCGGCGGAGGCGCUCCAGCAGCUGCACCACGGCGGGCGCGUGCUGUCGCGGGAGGACGUGGGCGGCGCGGUGCGCGUCAAGAUCGUGGUCAGCAAGCGCGAGCUCAAGCACAUGGUCGCGGCGCUCGGCUCGGGCGCCGCCGGCGCGGGGGCCGGCGGGGCGGUGGUGGCGGCAGCGGCGGCGACGGCCGCGGGGGAGCGGCACCGCCAGCGCGCGUCGGGCGGCGGCGGCGGCGGCGGGGCCGGCCCAGGCGCGGAGCAGAGGCUGCAGUCGCUCCGGCGGCGCAGCAUGCGGAGGGCGGCGGAGGCGGCGCGGCGGAUGCAGGCGAACGGGGAGUGGGAGCCCGGCCUGCAGAGCAUUCCCGAAGAGGUUUACUAAGUGUUACACCAGUAGAUGGCGUCGUUAGUGAUGGUUAAUCACUUGACUAAUUAAGGUUGGGUUUUGAUCACUGCCUACUAAGUCUAAGUGGUAGAUGUACGUGUACAGCGCUCUUGAUUUCUUCCGGGUUACUGAUGAGGGUUAAACUGUUAAUCCUCUCCCUCCCAUGAGUUUGUGCAAUUUUUUUUUCGCUGU